GAACGCCGCCAUCGCCCCCGGCCGGGGAAGGGACGGGACCCGCGGCCCUCGGCACACAGGGAUGCCUGUGGACAGGCCAUCUGAGUUAAUGGUAACUCAGGAAGAGCCACACAUCUCCGAAUGUCCUGAGGAAGCACAUGCAUUAGAUGAAUUCAAUGCAUCCCCUAAAGAAGAACUUAACACUAGUAGCACGAAAAUGUCUGAAGGCUCUGGAGUCAUGGCUAAAGCUGACACCAAACCAAAAGCUGUACACCAUGCCAAAAAAUGGUCAGGUGAUGUAGAGAACUUAUACAGAUUUCAGCAAGCUGGAUACAGAGAUGAGGUUGAAUACAAACAAGUAAAACAAGUUGAUAUGGUAGAGUGUUGGCCAGAAACUGGAUUUGUUAAGAAGCUUCAGAGAAGAGACAACACCUUCUAUUAUUACAAUAAGCAAAGAGAAUGUGAAGACGAAGAGGUCCAUAACGUCAAAGUUUAUGUGUAUUAGUUUUGUUACUGUUAUAAUUUGUUUGUAUUUAUU